AUGUCCCACCCUGAUCAACAGUCCAAUAACACUCACCUAUUCCAAUCUCAAGAAAUAGGUGCCGUCCUGGUUUCGAACCUGCGCAAACAGGUUAUGAGCCCUGCCAAUGCAACCGACCUUAUUCCCAUUGAACUACUUGGUGUCCAAAACUAUGAUAUGUGGUAUCAUUACUUUAUGCAAGUAGUUGGUGAAGCCAGUCACAUUUGGUCAGAAUAUGUUGAAACUGGAGAUAUUCAAUCCGUUAGAAUUGAAUAUGGAUUACCUGAUAUUCAAAUCAAGUCUAUGAAAAUAAUCUUAGACACUAAUCUUGUUUCUCUUAUCAAAAAGAAUGUUUCUAAAGAUAUUGAGAAAAAGAUUAGAAACUCCUUCCUGAUGACUAAAAUGUUGGAUUCUGGGAAUCAGUAG